CCUGACCUAUCUGAUGUGGCAAAAGACAUGUUAGUGGAAACACUGUUAGCACAGGGGGUAGAGACAUAUUCUGACUUGCAGUAUGUAACAGAGGCAGAUUUAUUGUCAGCGCUAAGACCCAUUCAAGCACGGAAAGCUGUGGCUGCAUGGAAGGUAAAAUGCCAGGAUACUACCCAGGAUAGCAACAGUUCAUUCAGCAUCCAGGAAGGUGCUUCAUCUCUUCCCUCAGUCUCACCAGGACCUUCUUCAUCCUCUCGGUCUCUCUCACCAAUAUCAACCUCUUCCAGUGCCUCUAACAGCCCAGAUGUUGACUGGGCAGAUACUUUUGACAUUCCAUGGAAGAAGUUUCCAGAAGAAUUGAUCCAGUCCUUAGAGAGAGGGAAGCGUCCAAGUCCACAGAAGAGGAGGGAGAUGGUGAGGAUUGUGAUACGCGAAAUGAUGCAGAAGUCACCAGACAUAAGUAAAAGGCACAGCACUAUUGUGGCCAAAAAAAUAGUGGCUACAUAUCCCAAAUCACUGCAGGAUGUAAUUGAAGGGGACAUAAUUGGGUCAGGGUACCAUUCCCUCGUAAAACAGCUCCAAAAUACAAUUGAAAAUGAUGUGGUUAAACAGCUCACCAGGUCGACAUUCUACACCCAACGCAAAGAGGUCAACAACGGGAAAGAAAUCAAAUACUUACUGGAAGACUGGCCAUUUUUGUUUGAGAUAGGCAUGGCUUUUCACUUUGAAGAGCUCACUGGAGUUAGUCUGAAAGAGACAUUUCUGAUGAGGAGAGAGCACACAGGGCCCUCAGGCGAUGUGUUGGAGAUGGUGUUGCUCCUGUUGUUUUACUUCGACGAGAAGGAAGACGUGAUGUUCACAUACGUGGAAGACACAUGCCUGGCGGAGGAGGUGCAGAUGGACCAAGUUCCCUUGACACCAACCAUUGUUGUCUGUGGACAAUCGUGCUUCUCGGCAAAGAGAUGGAUGCUGAGUGUGGACCGAAUGAUUGUACAGCCCAGUAUCACAUCAUUCAUACCGGCCCUGUGUCUGAUCUUUGGCAGCUUCUAUGUCUUCAAUAUCCACUAUCCAGUAGUCCUCGCAUCCACGCUGGAGUUCUUACAGAGAUGUUUCUUUUCCAUCAAUCCGGAGAGGGGGACCAAGGUGGAGAAGACCAGCAAAUCCCGCCUCCAUGUGAACCCGAGAGUUAUUACACUUAUACAAGACCUGUCUGACCAUGAAUGAUGCUCAC